UCUGAAAUCCUCAGUUUGUUUCUCAUAGUCCAUAUCCUAUGCAUUCUUCUAAAGUUUGUAGUUUUAGCUUUGACGUUUAGAUCUUUGGGACAUUUUGAAUUGAUGCUUAUGUAUGGUGUGAGGUUGGGAUUCCACUUCAUUAUUUGCAUAUGGCUACCCAGGUGCCCAGCACCACUACUGAGUAGUCUUCCCUGCUUCUCUUGAUGGAUAAAGCACGAUGAUACCCCAGCCUGGUGGCCCAGCAGAGCCAAGGCUGUCUUCCUUGGAAUUGGCUGCAAUCACCUCAGACUCAGCCAAGACCCUCAAGGAGCAGCAGCAGAGGGUGGUGGCUUCCUGUCUUCAGUGCAUCUUUCAAGGGGCAUGACUGAGGGGCCUCUCCACUUCAAGGUCAUGCCUCUCCUUUUUUUUUUUUUUUUUGACAUGAGAAAGCCUUUUCUUUUUUAUCACAUGUUUUUUAACUCACUGAGAACUUGUUCUGAGGUUGUACUGAGUCCCUAUCGUUCUCCAGGCCAGGGUCCUGGCCAGUAUAGAGUAGAGGGGGGCCCUGCCUACUCCCACUGAGUUGAGGCCAUUUUGAUGUUGACAGGCUCCCUAACCACUGACUGAUAUCCAGCAGGUACCCCUCUGACCUCAGGUUGCUAUUCUCCCACCUUUGCCUUUCUCAGGCAGAUCCACACCUUGUGGCUUUUUCCUAGCUUAGACACGGGAGUGAGAUGGGGAGAUGGUUCCUUCUUGAGGUUCCCCUUUCUUUUGCCUAGUUGAAAUUCAGGUUGUUGAUUCCCUAUUAUUCUGUCCAUCAAGGCUGCUUGGCACUUGGCACUCACACUGCUGUGUUGAGUUCUCCACCCCUUACCACACAGACGGGUCAGAAGUGUGCAUAGUGCUGAAGUGUGCGGUCCUCUGGGCUCAGUGUCCCCGGCCAUACUCCUGGCCCCUUGCCCAGUGUCGGGUGGAUGGGUAGGUGGGCAGGCAUUUACCCUGAAUUCCCACAGUGGGGUCUCUGCACUGGUUGGGCUGUCCGCUUCCCUGCAGGGACCUAUGGACUAAGCAAUGCACUGCUGGAGACACCCUGGAGGAAGCUGUGCUUUGGAAAGCAGCUCUUCCUGGAGGCCGUGGAGCGGAGCCAGGCACUCCCCAAGGAUGUCCUCAUUGCCGAGCUCCUGCAUGUGCUCAACAAUGACGAGGCGCAGCUGCCAGACCCAGCCAUUGAGGACCAGGGCAGGGAGUACGUGCAGCCCUUUCUGAGCAAGUAUGCAGCUGUGUGUGUGCGCUGCCCAGGCUAUGGCACCAGAACCAACACGGUCAUCCUCGUGGACACGGACGGGCACGUGACCUUCACAGAGCGUAGCAUGCUGGACAAGGACCCCUCCUGCUGGGAGACCAGCACCCACGAGUUCAAGCUGCAGAGCUAACCCCUCUCCCUGGGUGUGGCCAUUGGGCUCCUGGAAGGCCCUGCCUCGAGGACCAGUGUGGAUAGAAACCUUCCGUAGCCACAUGCACUGCCUGUGACUUGGCCAGCAUCCCCCAGGACCAGGGCCCUCUGGUGUUUCUGUGACCUGUCUGUGUCUGUGUGUCCAGCUCAGGGUCUGCCCUUAUGCCAGAGGGAGUGACACAGUCCUGCAGCCAGGCCUGGGGCAGGCCCAGGUAUGCUGUGUGUGUGUGAAGGCACCUGGGCCUGCCCCCUGUCCAAGCACAGAGGCACAUUCAAGGCACAUGUUUCCAUGCACACCUGCAGGUGCACGGGCACACGCACACAUGCACACACACGUACAGGCAACAGAUAGGCACUCACACGCUCAAAUGUACACACAGUCCCCGGCAUACACACGUAUGCAUGCCAGACAUGUGGCAGAGAUGUGCCUCUCACAUCUGCAUGUGCUUCUGGCCAGUGGGUCUUUGCUUUGAUCCAAACAACAGGGUGUAGACUUUUGUUUAAAAGUGGCUCCCUUUCUCCUGGGCGUAGUCCACUUCUGGACAAUUAGACUUGCUCUUGGAGAGGAGAGGCCCCAUUUGGAAUGAGAAAUGAGAACAACCCAAGAAAAACCCACUGUCAUAACAGAAGCACAAGCUGGUUGGUGGUUCUUUGUGCUCUGCGGAGGCAGGGGGGGGUCUCCUGUGUGCAUGGGGUGGUCCUGCAUGAUGCACCAGGGGUCCUGUGUAUGCUGGGGCACCUUGGUAGGCUCUCAGGCACCUACCUGCCCUUUGGGGGGUCAUGGGUAGGCCCUCUCAGUGAAGGGACACAGCCAACACUUGCUAUUUCCCUUCUCCUUGGGGAGUCAGACUUCACAGGAAUCUGUACUUGAAUGUGAGACCUUGUUAAUAAAACUCUGAGGCUGUGGUGAGUCAGUGCAUUUCAGGUCCUUGUGUGAUGGGGGACAACUGUGCAAGGGGUCAGUAGGGCUGCUCUCCUGGUCUGCAGGAGCUCCCAAAGCACACUUACCAGAACAAGCCUCUUCCCACUUUCUUCUUUUGCUCAUGGGUUCCUGAGCACCAUGAUGGAAACCCGAGGGUCCAUCGACCUGUCCAUCUGUCUGUCCUUGGGCAGAGGCUGGGGUUAGAGAGAGCCUGUAUGCACGAUACACGGUAGGUGCAAGUUACAGGGCCUCCUGAGCUGGGCUAAGGAGCCAGGGACUCAUCUGGGUAUAGUGAGGAGCCCUUGGGGACCUCCCCAGGGAGUGGUGUGGUCAGGCCUGCACUUGGGAUGGACUGUGGAGGCCAGGGGAUGGUAGGAAUGGAUGGGUUUCAGGGCAAGGGGGCAAGUGGAGUCUGUCUCAACCCCAGGACCCUGGUUUGCGGCAAGCACUCAGGAAGAAGCUCCUGUCCCUAGCCCAGGCUAAGCAUCAAGGGGUCCCAUGUGUGUCCAGUGCUGAGACCCAGGCUUCCAUCUGCUUUUGCAGCUUACCCCCAACUUGGCCUUCUCAGAGCCAGUGAGAACUCAGGGUGGGGUGUGGACCUGCACCUGGCCCCACUUGCCAUCUCAGCCCUUCCCUCUUCUCACCCUGAGCACCGCUCAGGGGCAUGAUGCUCUCCUUGGCUCAUUUUGAACUCAGAGGAAAAGUGUUUGAGCACAGUCAGGUUUGAAUGGGGCCCCCAGUGGUGGCGUAGCCCACACCCCCAGGCCCAGGGGCAAACACUUAUUGGCUGAGCCACACCAAGCCAGGCUCCCAGCCCGGGCACUGCUGAUGCCCUUCGCCUGCCUCAGUGCCCCACACCAGCACCCACCCUGGCCAGGCAUGUCUGCCCUCAUGGGGCACCACUGGGCUGGUGCAAAGCCAUCUGGAGAACUUUCCCUGAUGUUUGUCUCUACCCCAGGGACAGGGCCUGCGCAGGGAUACCCCAGCCCUCAGCCUGCCCAGGGCUCCCCAAGUGCCUGAGUCCCCUGAAGAAGGGGCAGCCCAAGACGUAAUUCUAAUGUUAUGGGUUGAGUUGUGUGCCCCCCAAAAGAUCUGUUGGCAUCCUAGCCCCUGUACCUCAGAAUGUGACCUUGUUAGGGUCUUUUACAGAAGUAAUCAAGAUAAAGUCAUUAGGGUGGAUCCUAAUUAAAUAUGGGCAAUGUCCUUAUAAGAAAGGGGAAAUUUGGACACAGGGACAGACAUGCAUGCAGACAGAAUGCCCUAUAAAGAUGAGCUAUGCUGUCCCAUGCCAAGAAAUUACCAGAAGCUGAGAGACCUGGAGCAGAUCCUUCCCUGGUGCCUUUAGAGGGAGUGUGGCCCUGCCAACACUUUGAUCUCAGACUUCUGGCCUCCAGAACCGUGAGACAAUGAAUUUCUGUGACUUAAGCCACUCAUUUGUGGUACUUUGUUAUCGCAGCUCUAGAAAACUAAUACGGUUGUGACCUUCAUUUCACAGAGGAGGAAACUGAAGCUUGGGGAGAUACCAUAA